UACCAAAAUUAUAGGCAUCAACUUUCCGCUAUUUUAUCAUUUUAUAAGAAGAAAAACAACCCAUCUUUCCGGGUUUUUCACCGGAAGUUGUAAUGUAGUCAAGCUGACCCGGAAGCGAGUAGAUUUUGUCAACAUUUCCCGUGUAGAGAGAAAAUGCUACUUCAAACAUAUUUUUCAAACUAAGCAGAAUGAAAACUGUAGUUUAUUUUACAAGGAUAGUUUUAAUUUCGUUUUCGCUGGUUGUUCAAACUGGUAAAUGUCUCCAUAUAAAAGGAACAUGGCACACAUCGGAGUUCUUUCUGUUCCUUGCCAGAUUUGGAUUUCAGAAAACCGACCCUGGGAUGCUGGAUGAUACACAAGGCUUUGUGUAUGGCAAUAUCACUUCAUCAUCGAAACUUGACAGCUAUUUCAAUUUGGUUUUAGUAGACAGUGAAUAUUUUAUGGAAUAUUAUGGCAAUAGUACUCUGAUGAACUCCGCAGGUUGUCGGAAUAUGUUCAAGAAAAUUGAUAGGACAGCAUUUGACAAUGAGUGCCAGAGGCACGGAACAGAAGAUUUCUUGCGAAAGAUUCCAUGCCCCAAAAAUAAGUUGUGUGUUGAUGAAGACAAUCCUAAUAAUGUACAAUCUAAAUACCAGUUUACAUACAAAGUACAGAACUCGGCUCAGCCAAGGUUCUGGUACUUAAGCAUGGUAGCCUGUCACCGGGAGAGACAAAAGUGUAACUGGGCAGCCAAUCAUUCAGUGAACAUAGAAAUAGACUAUGACAUCUGGCUUGUAAAUGGAGACCCAGCAUCCAAACAUCUCAAUCCAUUCGAACAUCAGUUUUCUUUUGAAAUGCAUGAUGUCUUUGAAAUUUAUGCUUUAUUCUCGGUGCUUUAUACAAUUACUUUGCCUAUAUGGAUAUAUGCCUACAAACAACAAGUACAUCCAAUAACAAAGUUAUUAACUGUGUGUAUUUCAACAGAAUAUGCUGGUGUUGUGCUAAAUUUUCUACAUGUGCUUAUAUUUUGCAUCAAUGGAGUCGGAGCGGAAUGGCUGAAGGUGUUGGGUAAUUUGUUGGGGACAUUUUCGGAAUGCAUGUUUAUGUUGAUACUGUUGUUAAUUGCCAAAGGCUGGACCAUUACCAGUAUGAAACUAACAGCAAAAAGAUUUCUUGUCUUCUUUUGGGGAAAUUAUACAGCAUUAAAUGCGUUGUUCUUCAUUGUCAACUUAACCAAAGUUGAUAUUAUAGUCAACAUAGAUGAGUGGAACUCGUGGCCAGGAUACCUUAUAGUCUCUUUCCGUAUUGUUGUCAUGGUCUGGUUCUUCCUUACAUUACGAGGCACAUUUCAAAAGAGUCAACAUCAAAAUAGACUGGAAUUCUUCCAGCAGUUUGGGGCAUAUUAUCUUGUGUGGUUCAUUUACUUGCCUAUCCUGGUCAUUAUAGCAUCACAGAUUUCACAUUUAUGGAGAUACAAAACAAUUCUAAGCAUUACAUAUUCAGCAGAUUUGUUAUCUUAUAUCGUGUUGAUACAUUUGUUGUGGCCAACAAGAUCUGUGCUGUAUUUAAUAAAAGGAGACACACCACUUCCGCAGUACGAUUUAGAAGCAGCAGGAUUGAUAGAUAUGGAUGACACUGAAGAGACUGUGUUUCAGGCACCAGUUACAAACCUAGUACAACAGAAUGGGACAAUCAUACCAAAUGGUACCACCCGAUUACUUGGGAAAAAAUCCAAACUGAAAUCUGUGCCUGAAGAAAAUGAAAUAGAAACCAGUCCAGUGGGUAAAAAGAAAACCAGUUCAAGGGUAAAUAAAGAUAUCAGUCUGAGGGAUAAUAGAGAAACCAGCCCAAUAGAAAUGAGGAACAAUGGAAAUGUUUACACAAACAUAAGUCUGGAUGAUAGUGAUUAUGAGUUUGUGAAUGAAUGAACAGUGUAUCCUAUUAAUAACACUGGUUUAAGUAUGCAUUAACUACCUACUCAGUACUGGUUUCAUUCUAUGUUUUAGAUGUAUCAGGUUGUCUAGAUCAGUACAAACGUGUAUAAUUGUCAGAACUAACGUGUAUAAUUGUAAUUUCCACUGUAAAUUCCACAGGUCACCAAAUUUCAAUAAGAGUGACAAGUUGGUCUAUAAUGAUUUUUGUACCUGUAAAUUGUAAGACCAAAAGAUUAUCCCUAACAUAACGAUAGUUUAUCCCUAACAUAAUGGUGGAUUACCCCUAUCAUAACAGUGGAUUAUCCCAAACAUAAUAAUGGUUUAUCCCAAACAUAAUAGUGGUUUAUCCCUAACAUAAGAGUGAAUUAUCCCUAACAUAACAGUGGUUUAUCCUUAACAUAACAGUAGUUUAUCCCUAACAUGAGUGAAUUAUCCCUGACAUAAAAGUGAAUUAUCCCUAACAUUACAGUGGUUUAUCCCUAACUUCAUAACAGCAGUUUAUUCCUAACAACAAUGGACUAUCCCUUACAUAACAAUGGUUUAUCCAAAACAUAAUGGAUUAUCCCUAACAUAACAGUGGAUUAUCCUAGUCUUAUAGUGGUUGUCAGUAUCGGUAACACUGACACUUGAAAGCUUUUUUAGAGCAGAGGUUGUGAUAUGUAUGCUAAAGAAAAUUGUGUAGAAAUUUAGGGAGAAAGCGAGAAAUCAUCUUGCCAAUUUGACCAGAAUAUUGUUAUAGCUGAUAUCUUCAUGGUGUCAAAAUUUCGGAAAAUUUUAAAACUGUCUUUGGUAUUUGAUGUUUUAUCUUCAUGCAAGCUAGAAUGUUUUGCCAAAAAUAUAAUUGGAAUCUGAGUUUUCAUAAAACAAUAAAAAAAACGCAAAAUUAGUGAAAAUAAAUCACACAUAUCUGUUCUUGUUUUUCUGGUAUUUUUAUGCUUUAAUUUCUGUGUUAUCAACAUUUUAUACUUAAUACCAUUAAAAAUGCAAGUUUUUGGUAUGCGACACAUAUACAGGUGUGCUUUAGUGCAUGUGCUACUGUUGAUUCCUGUAUCAGAAAUAGUAAUCUUUUUCCACAUCUCUUUCAUACAAGAUGUUAAUUAGUGGAUAAAAUGAGGCACAGUUUACUGUCAUCUCAAACAUAAGCUAUUUUUGCAAUAUUCUUGUGUUAAUUGAUACUGAUGCAGGUAAAACUUGUAUUUUUAAUUGCAUUUAAUAUACAUGUAUAUACUUUGUUAUUCUCAGCUCUGUGAUACCAUUUUAUGUUAGUAUAUGAAUUAGUAUUUAUACACCAGAAAUUGAAAUACCAAUGGUGUGAGUAGAACAGCAUGAUGAAUUGUUAUGAACUUCCCAAAGGUUUUAUUGUUAACUAAUAUUUUUUCCAUAUCUCUACAUAUUAGAAAAGAUCUUAUAUUCCUGACUCAUUAAAGGUUCAUGCUUCCAGAUGAACAGUUGCAGCGCCCAUACAAAAUUGUGUAUCACCUAUAUCUAAGUCAAUGCUGAAUGUGUAUGAGACAAAGUUUAGCUAAAUCUAAGAUUUUACCUAAAUUGUUUACUAAAGAAACAAGUUAUAGCAAAACAGUGCUUUAUCACUAUUUAUACACGAUGGGCGGUUAUAUGUUGGGCAUAAUAAUUUCACGAGGGCACAGCCCAAGUGAAAUUAUUUCGGGCGACGUAUAACCGCCUGAAUGUAUAAAUAGUGAUAAAACACUGUUUUGCUAUAAAUUAUUUCGAUUCUAAUAUGUUCUUUAUUGAAUAAUUUAUAUCAAAUAUGAUGGAACUGUUUCUUCGCGCAGGCAUGGCGCCAAUAGUAGGUCUUUGUUUAUACACGCCAGGACCAGAAAUGGUAAUACGUCUUGCGGCAGAGUUCAGAUCGGGCGAAAAUUAUUGCGAAUUAUUCAGCAAAGCGAAUAACUAACUCAGUAUGUGUGUAAAUUAAUCAACACAUUUGUGCAAUGUGACAUUUUGUUUAAAACAUGUGAUUAAGUAAAAUAUUUCAUGAAAUUAGAAAGCGCAAUUUCUUGAUGCAUACAUGGCGCUAAAUAUCACAUUGAGGUGACGUCAACAUAAAUAUCGUUGUGAUGAUUAAAGCAUUGUUAGUCAUAUUAGAAUAUGUUUUACAGUAAUGUCUUCUGUAUACAUUGUGAUUGUCCUAAAUGCAUUGGGUAUUGUCUGCUUUAAGUUUGAUUUAUGAUUACUAGCAAGUGAAGUACUUUCUAAAUAUUGAUUUUUUAGCUUGACUUUUCGAAGAAAAAGUAGUCUUAAGAGCUAUUGGACUCGCCCAAGCAUUGGUGCCAGCGUCGGCGUUGGUUAAAGUUUUUGAUAAAGUCAAAUAUCUCUGUUACUAUCAAAGCUUUUGACUUGAAACUUAAAAUAGUUAUUUACUAUCAAAGUCUACACCAGGAGAAAUAACCCCCAUAACUCUGUUUUUGAGUUCCUACAGAGUUAUGCCCCUUUUUAACUUAGAAUUUUUUUGGUUAAAGUUUUAUAAAGUUUUUACUGGCAAAGCUCUAAUUAAGAGUCAAGCACUGAGAAAAGUCGAGCGUGCCGUCUUACGGACAGCCCUUGUUUUUGCAAACAUUGGAUGUGUGCCCCUUUAAACAGUAUAUUGACUGCAUGUGGGGAAUGUUGUAAAACAAAGAAAUCAGGGUCAAGGUUUUUGUAUUUUAUUUAUUAUUGUUUUUGUUUGUUAUGUUAUAUGGUCUAAAACAAGUUUACUAAGUUGUGAACAAAAAAUAUAUGAACAAAAUUUAUUUGUUAUAUGAAAUACUUGUUAUAUUGUUCUUUAUUGAUCUGGAAUUUUGUAAUUCAAUAUUGUUAUGUGUACUUAAGCUGCAUCUGUGUAUUUAACAUGUAUUUAACAGUAACAGAUGGCCAUACAGCAUUAUCAGAGACAUCAUCUAAUUAUAGUAUUUUUUCUACUCACCUGAACCAAAGCUUUGGUAUGUAAGUAGGCGGAGUUUUGUCUGUCAGUACUUUGGAAAAGUUCACUUUAUUUGAAAAGUAUUGUUAAAAGUAUAUGUUCAUAAAAGUUCAUGUUUUAUUUAUAAUUUUUUAGCUCACCUGAGCACAAAGUGCUCAAAGGUGAGCUUUAGUGAUCGCCCUGUGUCCGUCGUCAGUCGUCAACAAUUUGACUGUUAACACUCUAGAGGUCACAAUUUUGGCCCAAACUUAAAAAAAACUUGGUCAGAAUGUUACCCUCAAUAAAAUCGUGGACGAGUUCGAUAUUGGGUCAUCCGGGGUCAGAAACUAGGUCACCAGGUCAAAUCAAAGGAAAAGCUUGUUAAUGCUCUAGAGGUCACAUUUUUGGCCCGAUCUUAAUGAAACUCGGUCAGAAUGUUACCCUCAAUAAAAUCUUGGACGAGUUCGAUAUUGGGUCAUUUGGGGGCAAAAACCAGGUCACCAGGUCAAAACAAAGGAAAAGCUUGAUAACACUGUAGAGGUCACAAUUUGGGCCCAAUCUUAAUGAAACUUGGUCAGAAUGUUACCCUCAAUAAAGUCUUGCAUGAGUCCGAUAUUGGGUCAUCCAGGGUCAAAAACUAAGUCACCAAGUAAAAUCAAAGGAAAAGCUUGUUAACACUGUAGAGGCCAGAUUUAUUACUGUAUCUUCAUGCAACUUGGUCAGAUUGUUAAUCUUGAUGAUCUCAAGGUCCAGUUUGAAUCUGGGUCAUGUAGGAUCAAAAACUAGGCCACCAGGUCAGUUGAAAGGAAAAGCUAGUUUACACUGUAGAGGCCACAUUAAAUUUGUGACCAUAUCAUAAUGAAACUUGGUCAGAAUGUUAAUCUUGAUGAUCUAUAAGUCAAGUUAAAAUCUGGGUCAGGUAAGGUCAAAAAUUAGGUCACUAGGUCAAAUCAAAGGAAAAGCUUGUCAACACUCUAGAGACCUCAGUUAUGACUGUAUCUUCACGAAACUUAGUCAGAAUGUUAAUCUUGGUGAUCUUUAGGUCAAUUUAGAAUCUGGGUAAUGUGUAGUCAAAAAACUAGGUCACUGGGUCAAAUUGAAGGAAAAGCUAUUUAACACUUUAGAGGCCGCAUUUAUGACCAUAUCUUAAUGAAACUUGGUCAGAAUGUUAAUCAUGAUGAUCUUUAGGUCAAUAGGUCAGGUGAGCAAUACAGGGCCUUCAUGGCCCUCUUGUUUUAUUAAAUGGUCUUGUCAUGAAGUGUUUGUUGAAGUUGUGAACAUUGGAAAAGAAACUGAUGAGGGUAUUUGGUCACAACACUAUUUUACCCCUUAGGUUACGAGAAAACUAAGUUUGGACUUAUACAUUACCAUGUAUGCCAUAGUUGCUGUAUAUUUAAUCUGCUCAGUAACACCUUGAUUUUAUGUGUCAUUCUAAACUGAAAUCUGUAUGUAAUAUACUUCAUUUUCAAUGCCAGAAGUAUGUAACAGAAUGCUUUUAUUCAGGAACUAGCUGAAAGUUCAAGUAGAAUGAAAUAAUUUUCUUUGGCUCAGGUGAGCAACUUCAGUCUCCUUGACACUCUAUGUUAGUAAUAGUAGUAAUGCUGGUAGUGUAAGAAUUGUGGUAUAAUGUAUAUAGGUAUAAAUCAUCGAAUCAGUAUAUCUUGCCAGUUGUUUGUGGUGCAUACAGUCAGCUACAUGUAUCAACAUGUACAUUUUGCUCAUCACUAUUGUAUUCCAAUUGUGUUGUUGCUAUUUUUCUCAUAUUUUUCUUCUCAUUAUCAGAUCAAAGUUGGGUGUGUUGGGGUGGGGCUAGAGUGUGGGGUUAGGGGUAGGGAGGAUCUGGAAAUGGGGAUGACUUUCCUCCCAGUGAACAUUUCCUCCAAAGAUGGCAGGAAAAAAGACGUUUUAGUAGGCAUCCCUGUCAACAUAUAUCAUAAAAUUGUAGUACUGUUGUAUAUAGGCUUAUGAUAGAGAGGUUGUGAUUUCAGUACUUGUAUAUGUACAUGUAGUAAAUCACUGACCAGAUAAUGAUAUGGGUCUGCUGAAAUUUGUUCGAUAAACUUAAUUGACUUGCUACAGAUAUAUGUGCAAGUUUAAAACUUAAGAUUUUUGUUUUACAAGUAAAUUUUGAAUGUGUACGACUAUUAAUUUGCAGCAUUCUGAAACUGAAACCUUCAAUGCUUAUUGUGAUAAGGAACUAAGUCCUAUAAUUAUAUACUGUACCAAUACAAGGAGAUGGCAACCUCGUAUGUCUUUGUACUUCAUCUCUCUGUUCUGGCCUUCAUAUUUUUUAUGUUAAUAUUUUUAUUAUCUUGAAGGAUCUCUGAAACCUUUACAAUAAUAAUUUUCAGCUUUUUGCAAAUAUUGUUAGAUUUGGUAAGGUUAAGUGAGUUUUUAGUGUUUUGUUAUCAACCAGUGGGUACCAGCUGCAAAUCAAGCAUUUCACUUUAAUUGAUACAAGGGUUGAUCAAGAAGUAAUGUUACUGGAACCAAAAUUACAUUUAUUAUGAAAUGACAACAACAGUAACAAACGUCAGCACUAUAACAAACUUUAGGAUGGUGUCACUUAAAUUUUAAUGACAAGACGGCAGAAGGAUGUUACUUCAUGUCAAUAAUAUUUCAUAUGAUUUGAUGUGUUUUUAAAUUUUAAUGGAGCACUAUCUGUUUAUUCUUUUUUUCAUGGAACAGACAGGUUUUUUUUGUGUUUGGUAGUAUGCUUCCUCAGUUUAACAGUCCUAGAAAAUAACAUGCAUGGAUAUAAUCAGAAUUGAUUGAUGUAAACUUAAUUUUUAUACAACAGUGAAUAGAUUUGCCAUGGAUGCAAUGACAUUACUUCUUGAUCAACCCUUUGUACAUUUAUAUCAGAUUUGAAAACUAUAGCUUGGUUUACACAGCCUCUGUCAGUCAUAUCUGUCACCAAGCAAAUCACUUGAUGUUGGCAAAACUGUGAUAAUAUUUGAAAUGGCAACAGACUGGGAACACCUGGUUAAUCAAACUCUUUCCAUAAGUUGGCAUUUUUGCAACAACCUUUAAAACAGCAUCUGUAAAGGAUUUUCUUGUAAUUGAUUCAUCAGACUUAAUUCCAUUGUUUACAUUUAACCAGUGUGCAUCACAAUGCAAGAAAAUGUAAUUAUAUCUAUACAAAAUGUAUUACUUUUCAGUUUUUCAUUUGUGUUACAAGCCAAAUAUGUACUAUUUAACUACUGAGAUAUAAAUUUUGCACACAAAUUGAAAAAUAAAACUGUUGUUUGUCUGAAAUUCAACCCAGUUUAUACAUUUUGGAAGUGUAUACUGUAGCAAUAAGAGGAAGUAGCACUGUAAUGGACUCGGAGGCUUACCAAGCAAUAAAUUUACAUUCAGUGCAGGUAUCAGAGUUUAAAACCCUGUCACACUACUAUUCACUUGAUGAAAGAGAUUUUGAGCAAGAGUAAUCCCCUACAUUAUAGUGAACCGUCAUUUUCUUGUAUGUUACAUGUUUGAUGUUACAGGGUUUCUCAUGAGAGUUCUGCUGUCUGCAUAUAACUGAGUAAUAACUAUAUAAAAACAGGUGUAAGCAAGAGUCUAACUGUAGGUCCCCAGCUCCUCCAACUAAAGUAAAAUACUUAACAACUAGCUUAAAUACAAACAAACAAUUUACUUAGAAACCUCUGUGCCUGUAGAUUAUGACAACCAAUAUAAGAAUGAACCAGGAAGACUUUUGCUGUUUUUGACAAUUAAUAUAGUAAGAUGUUUUCUAUAUUAUUUGCUCCAGCUGUUUUUAUAUAGGGGUCUGUCAAUUAUUUGAAGAUUGCAAAACUAUUUAUCCUGUAAACUGAAGGGAUGUGUAUGGUAAGCCGGAAAAAAAAAUCAAAUAACAUUUACACAAAAACAGCUCUGUUGAAGCUACUUAAAUUGUGUUUUUCAUGAACAAAUAUUUUUACAUUUAAUAUUUACUUUGUGUGAAAAGAAAUAUACUCAAUACAUUCUGAUUUUUAUGUGUUAUUGGCCUACUGAUUUUAAAACUAUAUUAUUGAUAUUUUGACAUUCUAUCCAUUGUUUUCAUUCCAUAUCACUUUGCUCAAGACUUUAUAUAGUUCACUAUGUUUAAUUAACAGUUUUCGUGAUUUAAUAGCAAGUCUGUCAGUAAUUGUUUGAGGGUAACAAUACAAAGUAAUAUAAUAUUUGUACACAAGUAUAUAUCUUCUGCUGUUUUUAGCUCAUCCGAUUUAAAAAUAAAAUGAUUAGUUAUUGUCAUCACUUGAUCAGCGUUGGCACUGCCUGGUUAAGUUUUAUGUUUAGGUCAGCUUUUCUCCUAAACUGUCAAACUUAUUGCUUUGAAACUUGCAACACUUGUUCACCAUCAAAAGCUGACACUGUACAGCAAGAAAUAUAACUCCAUCCUCCUUUUUGCAAGAAUUAUUGCCCCUUUUGGACUUAGAAAAUCAGAUUUCUUGGUUAAGUUUUGUGUUUAUGUCAGCUUUUCUCCUAAACUAUCACAGCUAUUGCUUUAAAACUUGCAACACUUGAAACAUAACUCCAUCCUGCUUUUUGCAAGAAUUAUGGCUCCUUUUGGACUUAGAAAAUAUCAGAUUUCUUGGUUAAGUUUUGCGUUUAGGUAAACUUUUCUCCUUAACGGUCUAUUGCUUUAAAACUUGGAGCACUUAUUCACCAUUAAAAGCUGACUCUGCACAGCAAGUACCGUAACUCUACAUCACUUUUUUGCAAGAAUUAUGGCUCCUUUUAGACUUAGUAAAUCAGAUUUCUUGGUUAAGUUUUGUGUUUAUGUCAGCUUUUCUCCUAAACUAUCAAAGCUAUUGCUUUAAAACUUGCAACACUUGUUCACCAUCAAAAGCUGUCUCUGUACAGCAAGAAACAUAACUCCAUCCUGCUUUUUGCAAGAAUUAUGGCUCCUUUUGGACUUAGAAAAUAUCAGAUUUCUUGGUUAAGUUUUGCGUUUAGGUAAACUUUUCUCCUUAACGGUCUGUUGCUUUAAAACUUGGAGCACUUAUUCACCAUUAAAAGCUGACUCUGCACAGCAAGUACCGUAACUCUACAUCCCUUUUUUGCAAGAAUUAUGGCCCCUUUUGGAUUAGGUCAAUAUUUCUAUUAUACAAGAGACAAAAAAAUCAGAUGAGCGUCUGCACCCACAAGACAGUGCUCUUGUUUCCAGUUUGAUAUCAUGCUUAAAAAAUUGCACAAGAACUUCUAUAACUGACAUUAUAAAAUUUUCAUUUUUACGAUUGUUGCAUAAUUUCUACCAAAAUGUUGUGUAAUGGCUUAAAGAGAUUUUUAAUUUAGUACAACAACAAAGAAAUCCUUAAAAUUCUGGUAUCCUGACUGUUUAGAUGUUAAUACUUGAUUGCCCUCGGCAGUUAUAGGAUAAUUUCCUAAGGAAGUAGAUACUGGCAGGAGGGCUGUAGACCUGUAGGUAAAUGUCACAUUAAAUAGUUAAGCUGGUUGAUAGGUCUAAAUAAAUACCAGGGACAUACUGGCAAAAAUUACUAAAUGUUACUCAUAAUGAGACCAAAACACUUAAAUUUUGUACUACAAGUGUUAGUUAGGUACAGUGUAUGGACAGGGUUUUUUUUUUUUCUUAAAAAACAAUAAUACUUUGAUUGGACUAAUUAAACAUGUCAAAUCCAUUUACAUUAUUCAGUACAAUUUUUGUUUUUCAAUGAUUUUUAGAAAUGUAUCAUUAUCAAAUGUUACUUGUGUAAAUAAGAUUAACAUCGGUAUAGAGAUAAUCUCAUAAACAUUAUUUUAUAUCUGAAUCCUGCCAAAUUGCAUAAUUCUAUACAUUUUUGACUUUAAUUUCAUUAUUUAUAUUCAAACUAUUUUUGGCUUUUCCCUUGUACAAACAUGCAUCUGUAAUUUCUUGCAUUAAUUUGCAUCUUUAAUUUCUUGAAUUAAUAAUGCAUGUACAACUCAUAAACAUGCAACUGCUACUCUUGCACAAACAUGUUGUAAUUUCUUGCAUUAACAUGCAUCUGUAAUUUCUUGAAUUAAUAAUGCAUGUACAACUCAUAAACAUGCAACUGCUACUCUUGCACAAACAUGUUGUAAUUUCUUGCAUUAACAUGCAUCUGUAAUUUCUUGAAUUAAUAAUGCAUGUACAACUCAUAAACAGUAACUGCUACUCUUGCACAAACAUGUUGUAAUUUCUUGCGUGAAUAGUGUAAUGCUACAAGGGUUAUUUCACACAUUUUCUGCAAUAGGUCGAAAUUCAUUAACAUUUUAAGUCUGUAAUUGAGACUACAAAUUCAAUGGUUUUUUGCAUCUGAAAAUUUGCAGAAACUUUCUUUAAGCAAAAUUACAUAAAAAAUGAUGUUAUUCAGUAUAAAUACAAAAGGGAGCGCAUGGAAAGGAUAGAAUUUUUGAAGUCUUAAGUAAAAUUUAUACUUAAAAGUGUAGAAUAUGGAGUGAGAUAUUCUUAUCCAACUACUGCUCAUUUUCACUUAAGCCAGCAAGUCGAAUUUUUUACUGUACAACAAUUAGACAUUUUAAUUGAAAUACAUUUAUAACUGCACAUCAGGUGGUAAUAUUUCUCCACAAGUAGACUUAAUUAAUUGAAAGUUAGCAUGUUUUGCAACAUCUAUGAAUUAAUGACUAAUUGUACACCUGAGUGAGGUAUAUUUCCAUUUUGUGGUGUGUGACAGACUUCGUUCUGCUGAAUGACAGGUGAAAGUUUUCAGUCAAGUUUAUAGUAUUGGAAAGGCCUUUCAUUAAUUGCCCUUUUUUGAGAAAAGGAUUUUUGUACUAAAAAAAAAUAACAUUUAAUUAACACUGCUUGUUUAGAUACAUGCAGUAGAUAUUGGGGAUGCAUUUUAGAAUAGUGUACUUCGAGACACUGAUUACAGAACUGUGUUACAAUGUAAUAACUUCCAUUUAAUCAUUUUCCUUUGUAAUUGUAACUUCAGGUUGACACAUCAAACCAUUAAAAUGUGGCUUAUAUAUACAUGUACAUUUUGCUGUGUUGUUUUUUAUCAUCUGUAUACUCAUAUACUUACUGUGUUAAAUACUUUACCAAGGUUUGCUAGAUUUGUUUUAAACUAGGGGUAACCUUUUUCCAUCUGGAAUAAACUAUUUUGCCAAACUA